UGAAGUCUCUCUCUUUCUCUCUCUUCUUUAUCUUCUAUGCAGCCUUUGAAACCCUAGAAGAACUCGAAACUGGUGAUAUAAAUAGGGCUUAUUUCGCGAAGUUUUUAGAAGUCUGAAGGCUCUUAAAUUCAGCGCUCUGGUCGAGAUUUGAAGGAAUUUUAUUUUUUGAAUUGAAUUGAAUUUGUUUGUUUCUGUGCUGGUGUGUUACCUUUUGAAAUCAGAGAUGAGCUCGUUGAGCCGAGAAUUGGUGUUUCUUAUACUUCAGUUUCUCGAAGAAGAGAAAUUCAAGGAGUCUGUUCACAAGCUUGAGAAAGAAUCGGGGUUUUAUUUCAACAUGAAGUACUUCGAAGAGAAAGUUCAAGCUGGAGAAUGGGAUGAAGUUGAGAAAUACUUGUCAGGAUUUACCAAAGUUGAUGAUAAUCGCUAUUCAAUGAAGAUAUUCUUUGAAAUUAGGAAGCAAAAGUAUCUUGAAGCACUUGAUAGGCAAGACAAAGCAAAGGCGGUUGAAAUAUUAGUGACUGAUUUGAAAGUGUUCUCAACAUUUAAUGAGGAACUGUACAAAGAAAUUACACAGCUUUUAACUCUCAGCAAUUUCAGGGAAAAUGAGCAGCUGUCAAAGUAUGGUGACACCAAAACAGCUCGUAGCAUAAUGUUGAUAGAGCUCAAAAAACUGAUUGAAGCAAACCCACUUUUCCGUGAUAAGCUUACUUUUCCUUCACUGAAGUCAUCAAGAUUGCGAACUCUGAUUAAUCAGAGUUUGAACUGGCAGCACCAACUAUGCAAGAACCCAAGGCCAAACCCUGACAUCAAGACUCUGUUUACCGACCAUACAUGUAUGCCUCCAGGUGGUCCUCUUGCACCUACACCUGUCAAUCUUCCUGUUGCAGCAGUUGCAAAGCCAACUUCAUAUACGUCACUCGGAGCACACAAUCCAUUUCCACCCACUGCAGCCCCAGCUAAUGCCAGUGCUCUAGCUGGUUGGAUGACCAAUCCUACUUCUUCCUCUAUUCAAGCUUCUGUUGUUACAGCAUCAUCUAUUCCUCUUGCACAAAAUCAAGUUUCAGUCUUAAAACAUUCAAGAACACCUCCAACAAAUCCAGUAAUGGUUGAUUAUCAGGGUCCUGAACAUGAUCAAUUGUUGAAACGACUACGGCCUACUCCAUCCAUUGAGGAGGUUACAUAUUCAACAUCUCGACAACAGACUUGGUCAGUGGAUGACCUGCCAAGGACAGUGGCUGUGACCUUGCAUCAAGGAUCAACCGUGAUUAGCAUGGAUUUUCAUCCUACUCAGCAAACACUGCUUCUUGUGGGUUCUAGUAAUGGUGAGAUUACACUCUGGGAACUUGCAAUGCGGGAUAGGCUGGUUUCAAAACCAUUCAAGAUCUGGGAUAUGGCAUCAUUGCCAUUUCAGGCCUCUAUUGUCAAAGAUGUACCAGUCUCUGUCAGCCGUGUAGCAUGGAGUCCAGAUGGAAAAUUUGCGGGUGCUGCAUUUACCAAACAUUUAAUUCAGUUGUAUACGUACGCCGGAUCAAAUGAACUACGCCAGCAUUUACAGAUUGAUGCACAUGUUGGUGGUGUGAAUGACUUGGCUUUUGCUCAUCCAAACAAACAACUUUGUGUGGUUACAUGUGGAGAUGAUAAGAUAAUCAAGGUGUGGGAUCUAUCGGGACGUAAACUAUUCAACUUUGAAGGUCAUGAGGCACCUGUAUAUUCCCUCUGUCCUCAUCAUAAGGAGAACAUUCAGUUCAUAUUUUCGACAGCCAUUGAUGGGAAAAUAAAGGCCUGGCUGUAUGACAAUAUGGGCUCCAGAGUUGAUUAUGAUGCUCCUGGUCACUGGUGUACAACUAUGCUUUACAGUGCUGAUGGAAGUAGAUUGUUUUCUUGUGGCACUAGUAAAGAAGGAGACUCUUUCCUGGUUGAAUGGAAUGAAAGUGAAGGAACAAUAAAGAGGACAUAUGUUGGGUUUAGAAAGAAAUCUGCUGGUAUAGUACAGUUUGAUACUACACAAAAUCACUUUUUGGCUGUUGGUGAAGAUAGCCAGAUUAAGUUUUGGGAUAUGGACAAUAACAAUGUUCUCACUAGCACGGACGCAGAGGGUGGACUUGCUAUUCUUCCCCGAUUGAGGUUCAGUAAGGAUGGAAAUCUUCUAGCUGUUACUACUGCAGACAAUGGCUUCAAGAUACUUACUAAUGCUGUAGGUCAUAGAUCUUUAAGAGCAGUUGAAAACCCACCUUUUGAAGCACUGAGAGGGCCUAUUGAAUCUGCUGUUAAGGUUUCUGCCAAUUCUGCUGUUUCAAGUCUUAGUCCUGUCAAUUGUAAAGUUGAAAGGAGCUCUCCUGUCAGACCUUCUCCAAUCAUUAAUGGAGUUGAUCCUGCAAGUAGAAGCAUGGAAAAGCCAAGAACUGUGGACGAUGUAAUUGAUAAAGCCAAACCUUGGCAGUUGACUGAAAUUGUGGAUAGUGGCCAAUGCCGGUUAGUUACACUGCCAGAGAGCACAGAUUCAUCCUGCAAGGUUGUUAGGCUUCUAUAUACAAAUUCUGGUGUUGGCAUUUUGGCACUUGGCUCAAAUGGUGUCCAGAAGCUAUGGAAGUGGCCCCGCAAUGAACAGAAUCCAAGUGGAAAGGCCACUGCCAGUGUUGUCCCACAGCAUUGGCUACCAAGCAGUGGUCUUCCUAUGAUUAAUGAUGUCUCAGGUGGCAACCUUGAAGAAGUAGUCCCAUGCAUAGCACUCUCUAAGAAUGACUCAUAUGUAAUGUCAGCUACUGGUGGAAAGGUUUCAUUGUUCAACAUGAUGACAUUCAAGGUAAUGACCACUUUCAUGCCACCUCCCCCUGCUCCAACCUUCCUAGCAUUCCAUCCCCAGGAUAAUAACAUCAUAGCCAUUGGGAUGGAGGAUUCAACGAUCCACAUAUACAAUGUUCGUGUGGAUGAGGUGAAAUCGAAAUUGAGGGGCCACCAGAAGCGUAUAACUGGUCUAGCUUUUUCGACCAGUCUUAAUAUUUUGGUUUCGUCGGGUGCUGAUGCUGAACUGUGUGUGUGGAGCAUUGAUACAUGGGAGAAGAGGAAAUCAAUUGCAAUCCAAAUUCCAGCUGGAAAGGCACCUAAUGGUGACACCCGAGUACACUUUCAUAUUGAUCAGAUUCGCAUGCUUGUAGUUCAUGAGACUCAGCUAGCAAUAUAUGAUGCCUCCAAGAUGGAACGAAUCCGGCAGUGGGUACCACAAGACGUGUUAUCUGCACCCAUAUCUUGUGCAACAUAUUCAUGUUAUAGCCAAUUAGUUUAUGCUACCUUUUGCGAUGGUAGCAUUGGUGUGUUUGAUGCUGAUACCCUCAGACUAAGAUGCCAUAUUGGCCCCACAGCAUAUAUGUCCCCCGCAGUCUUAAACGGAAGCCAAGCUGUGUACCCGCUUGUCAUAGCUGCACAUCCAGUCGAACCCAACCAAUUCGCUGUUGGGUUGAUAGACGGAUCAGUCAAAGUGUUGGAGCCCUCAGAAUCAGAGGGGAAGUGGGGAGUGUCUCCACCUCUUGAUAACGGGAUACUCAGUAGGACAACAUCAUCAUCAACCACAAGCAACCACACACCAGAUCAAAUACAAAGAUAAGAUGAAGAUGAAAAUGAAAAUGAAAAUGCCUUGUAUUUACAUGUGUCUGUACUUGUAGAUUAUUAGGUUUUAAUAGUGUCCCAAAUGAAUGAAAGGUAAGGGUUAGUGCAUUAAUUUAUUAGAUAUGCACAUUCUUGUAUAAUUAGUUGAUGUAGUCUACUUCCUAUCUGUUUCUUAUUUCUGAGAAUUCACCGUGAAUUAUUUUUCUGCUGUUUCAAUAAAUGUAGUUCGUAUGAGUCCCGCAGGAA